AUGGGAAGGCAACCAUGUUGUGAUAAAGUUGGGUUGAAGAAGGGGCCAUGGACUGCAGAGGAGGAUAAGAAGCUCAUCAGCUUCAUCCUCACCAAUGGCCAAUGUUGCUGGAGAGCUGUCCCUAAGCUUGCAGGACUAUUAAGGUGUGGGAAGAGUUGCAGGCUCAGGUGGACAAAUUACCUUAGACCAGACUUAAAGAGAGGUCUUCUUUCAGACUACGAAGAGAAAAUGGUCAUUGAUCUUCAUGCUCAACUUGGCAACAGAUGGUCCAAGAUUGCUUCUCAUCUCCCUGGAAGAACUGAUAAUGAGAUAAAAAACCACUGGAAUACCCACAUAAAGAAAAAGCUCAAAAAAAUGGGCAUUGAUCCCAUCACACACAAACCACUCCCUAAUGCAAUUGAACAGACCCAAAAUCAACCAAAACAACAACAACUUCACCAACCACCGGAAGAAGAGCAAAACCAACAACCUUUGCAAGUUGACUUUGACACCGAAGUUGACCCGAACAAGGAGCCAGAGAUUUCACUGGAGUCAUCAACCAUAACUGAAGCGAAAGAGAAAGACCAAAUGAUAGUAACACCCCAAUUUGACACAAUGGAGCUUAAUCCGCUAGUGAAUGGGUUCUGUACAGAUGAAGUUCCAAUAAUUGAACCCGAUGAGAUUCUAAUGCCUUGUGCUCCUUCCUCAUCACCCACCUCUACAUCUUCUUCAAAUUCAACCAACUUCCUUGAAGACCUGCAGUUACCUGAUUUUGAAUGGUCUUGUAAUUACAGUGAUUGUAGUCUUACUAUUAACAAUAACAACCAUGAAGACAAGAACAACAACUCGUGGGGUGAUGAUGAUGAUGAUGACCUUAUUAGAAAACUUAAUUGGCUGAUUAAUGAAGACGAUGAUUGUGAUGGAACCCAAGUGUUUGAUGGUCCUCUCACUCAGUUCUCAGAAAUGAUCGCGGAUUCAGAAUCUUGGGCAUUUGGCUUGUUUUGA